AUGGCCACAGCGGUUCUGAGCUAUGUCGUGCAACGGGUCAGCGACUUGCUCAUCGAGAAAGCGGUCUUCGUGUACGAAGUGAAGGAUCAGGUGGAGUGGGUCAUGGACGAGCUCCGGGCGAUGGAGUGUUUCCUGAAGGACGCCGACGCGAGGAGCAAGGGGGACGAGAGGGUGAAGAACUGGGUGAGGGAUGUGAGGGAAAUCGCUUGUCGGGCGGAUGACCUCGUCGAGUCCUUCGUUCUCGAUGCACAGCGGAGGCGACGACGGAACACUGCGUGUUGCGUUCCUCUCCCCAGCGACCUCAUCGUACUCCACAAAUUCGGUAAGGAGAUCGAGACCGUAAAGGCCAAAAUCUGCGCAAUGAAAGAACGAAGAAACACUUACGGAAUCCAGAACCUGGGCGAAGAGCCGAGGAGACAGCCCGACGAGAGAGUCCACGAACGGAGGCGUAUCGUUGUCCAUGCGACAGAUGCUGACAUGGUAGGCAUGAACCAGGAGAAGAACAAAAUCUUGGAGUAUCUGUUAGACGAUAGCAGGAAAAAGCAGUCGGCGAUCUCCAUUGUGGGAAUGGGCGGCCUCGGGAAGACCACUCUUGCUAAAAGAAUCUUCAAGGAAGCAAGAGGGAAGUUCAGUCACUCGGUAUGGAUCGACGUCUCCCAGCAGUACUACGUUGUGGAUCUCAUUCGGCAAGCCACGGAGCUCAGAGAAAAGGAACUCGAGAGAAUGACGAGGGCCAGGCUUGAGGAGAUUCUUUACCAGACCAUCCAGGGGAAGAAAUACUUGAUCGUCAUGGACGACGUCUGGGACACGGAGAUCUGGAGAAUCCUCAGUCCGCAUCUCCCAGAUGCCGAGAAUGGAAGCCGGGUGCUGAUCACCACUCGCUCCAUCGACGUUGCCAGAGCUGCGGACCCAUCUAUCCCUCCCUGCGAGCUGCGGUCUUUAACCGAGGAGGAGAGCUGGCAGCUCCUCUCCAAGAAGGCAUUCCCGAAUCAGGAGGAUAUCGAAGCAGUCUGUUCAGAACCGUUGGGGGAAGUCGGGAAACAGAUCGCAAAGAAAUGCGGAGGCCUGCCUCUGGCGCUGGUAGUGCUCAGCGGUUUGCUGUCGACGAAAGGUCCGUCACUACGGGAGUGGAGGAGGCUCGCGGAGACCAUCGUCUGGGAAAACAUCAAAGAAGGCCGUCUGUGCCUGGAUAUACUGGCGCUGAGCUACGAAGAUUUGCCCCAUCAGUUGAAGUGGUGUUUCCUUUAUUUCAGUUCUUUUCCACAGGACUUCAAAAUCGGAGUCAAGAAGUUGAUCAGAUUGUGGGUCGCGGAGGGCUUCGUCGAGCACAGAGCAGGAGAAACACUCGAAGAAUCUGCAGAGGGUCACUUUCAGGAGCUCGUCCGAAGGUGCAUGGUGACAAUUGUGCAAAAUGAAUACGACAGCCCCAUGGCAGAAGGUCGACAAAGUUUGCCGGAUUCAUGAUCUGCUUCACGAUUUUGCCAUUGCAGAAGCUAAGGAGGUGGGCUUCCUUGUCUGCCGCCAGAUCCCAGACGACCGAGACGCCUCUCGACUGGAUUCCUCCUUGCGGUGCCUUUCCCUUAAUGGGGUAGCGGAGGACUACGUCUCCCAUGUGAAACACUCCCCAAGAGUGCGCACCUUGUUGUGGUUCAAUGUUCAACAGAGGAAGGUUAUAAGAUUCCCCACUGGGGCACUGAAACUGCUCAGAGUCAUCGAUCUGGAAGAGGCACCACUCGCCGUACUACCAAAACAAGUUGGAGACCUGAUCCAUCUUCGAUUCUUGGGAUUGAGAGGAACAAGGUUAAGGAGUCUUCCGUCUUCAGUUGGAAAACUUCGUCAUUUACAGUCCUUGGACGUGUUGGGGACGUCGAUCAAAACGAUGCCAAGAGCUGUGUGGAAGAUUGAUGCCUUACGUCACGUCCACGUUCCCGAUGAAUUGGAGCCGGAGAUGGUCGAGGCAGGGUUAAGAAACCUGCAGGUGCUCAUGUUCGUCCGGGCCGGGAGCUGGAUAGAUAGCUGCCUAGGGACCCUUACCAGUCUUCGGGAGCUGGGACUAACUGGCAUCCAAGGCUGUCAUCAUCGCGCGCUGUUGUCUUCGCUAUCGAAUCUGUCCCGCCUCAAGAAAUUGAAGUUGGAGGGCGUGUCGAUCCCGCCCUAUCUAUGGACACCGUCCAGCUUUUCUUCCCUUGAAUUCUUAUACCUGAAGGGGGAAAUGGCAAGGCCACAGCCACCAAGAUCUGCUGGCGCCCGAUGGCCCCUAAAUCUCACCGAACUCAUACUAUGGGGCACCAGGCUGGAUCAAGACUCAAUCGCGACGCUCGAGAACCUCCCUGAACUUAUAUAUCUGUAUCUAGAUCACGGAUCCUACGCAGGAAACGAGAUGAUCUGCUCUCCCGGCGGGUUCUCCCAACUUCAGUGCCUCGUUCUGAAUUCGCUGGCUGAGUUAGAGAGGUGGGUAGCUGAGGCUGGGGCCAUGUCCCGGCUGAGGAGCUUGACGAUCAGCCGCUGCAGAAAGUUGGUGAUGCUUCCGGAAGGGUUGCAAGACAUGACUGAUUUGAAGGACCUCACUCUCCGCUAUAUGCCCCCUGAAUUCUGUUCUAGAGCUCAAAAGGAGGGAGAGGACUGGCCCAAAAUCCGGCACAUACCUUCGGUCACCCUUUUAUAG